GCAUCUGAAUGGCACACUGUGCAGCAUCUUCCAACACCAUGCUGCAUUCAUUAACACUUCAGACUUGGUUUGCCUUUCUGAGCAUAACCACAAACCCUUUUAGGUACUUCAGUAGGACCAUCCUCUAUGUAAAGCGCUCCUGAGCGGAACACCUUACACUUGUUUUUCCACACACUCAGUUUACACAAAGGUACAUGCACGUUUGAUAAAUAAGGCCCAGGCUUCUUAGGAGAGAAUUAAGAAUCUGUGGAUUGGAGCAGUUUUACCAUGCAUGCAGAGGGAAUUUUCUGAAAGUUAUUUGGAAGGAAUUAGUAUUACAUGAUGAUUACACGAUUAACCGUUUCAGCGCUCAUUUGUUUCUGCUCCCCCGUUUCCCCACAUUUUCUAUUUGUGCUUGCAAUGCGAGUAGGUGUUUAUUCUUUGUGGUUUACUCUUUAAUGAGUAUUCAGUCAGUGUAAGGCAAUAAGUCAUGGUCAGAGACCGUACUAUAACACACUGGCGUUUUGAUAACACAAGCAUGUUCGCUGAACCUCUUUGUUUAUCAGCAACGUUGGCACUUAGUGAUUAUUUGGAGAUCUUUGGAAGGUGUGUUGGGACGUGGCCUUGUGAAGAUUUCUUCAUAAAUAUUUUUGGCGUAAUGAUUAGUUUAAUUUUCAUUAAUAAUGUGUUCCACGUUCAUUUCAGAGGUAGACAUGAAUCUGCAGUGACGAAGGACUUAAUGAACUAUUUAUAAUGUUUUUAUAAUGAGGUGUGUGGUAGGUAUGUCUGACUGUUAAAGACAUAGAUGAUCUGCUUCUUGUUAUCCACUAGGUCUAAAUGACCUGGAAUGAGUCUUUCAUGGAUCCCUAAAAACAUCUUAAAAUAUAUUUUUUAAAUGUAAGGUCUCAAAAAGUCUUAAAUAUGCUGUUUUAAAGUCUUGGGUAUAAAAUUAAAUUCUGAGCGUAGAAUUUAAAACAUCUUUGUACACGUGGUAAUAUCUAUGAGAAUUCAACUUUUGUGGUUUCUCGUUUUCUAUGCUUACAUACCGAGCUCUGACUCGCGUAACUUUUCACACUGUUUUUGUUUUUCCAUGAUUGUUGGAGGAGGAGGUGAGAAGGAAUUGGAGAAGUGGAAAUUCAAGAUGAAAAAUACCAGGACUAGGUGGCAGCAACAAGCAACAGUUUUGAGAGAAAUUAGCUCUGAUGUCCCCUGAUGACGAGGUGCAGAAGAGCGAUGUGUCCUCCAGCAGUCAGGGCAUGGUGGAGAAGGAGGCUCUCGGUCCUCUCCUCCUUGAGGCCCUGAACGGCUUCUUCUUCGUGGUGAACCGUGAGGGUCGGAUCGUGUUUGUAUCUGAGAACGUCAUAAACUACCUAGGUUACACCCAGGAAGAGCUGAUGACCUCCAGCGUCUACAGCAUCCUGCACGUGGGUGACCACAAUGAGUUUGUGCGUAAUCUGCUCCCCAAGAGCCUCGUCAAUGGGGUGCCGUGGCCGCAGGAGCAGGGUCAACGGAACAGUCACACGUUUAACUGUAGGCUGCUGAAGAGGCCUCCGGACGAGGCGGAUGCAGAAAACCAGGAGGCACGGCAACAGUAUGAGCACAUGCAAUGUUUCACCGUCUCUCAGCCCAGAGCAGUGCAGGAGGAAGGCGAAGACUUGCAGAGUUGCCUAAUAUGCAUAGCAUGCCGUGUUCCCCGAGUGCCACCGAUUCCCGUCAGUACAGAGUCCUUCAUCACCAAGCAGGACCCCACAGGGAAGAUCAUCUCCAUUGAGACGAGUGCUCUGAGAGCCACAGGCCGGCCAGGCUGGGAGGACCUGGUCCGGAAGUGCAUCUUUGCAUUCUUCCAGCCACAGGGCAAAGAACCCUCCCAUGCCAAGAAGCUGCUACAAGAGGUGAUGACCCAUGGUACAGCCAUCAGCCCUCUGUACCGUUUCACACUUAGUGAUGGGACGCCUCUCAGUGCACAGACUCGCUGCAAGUUCUGCUGCCCUCCCAACCCCGACGUACAGCCCUUCAUCAUGGGCAUCCACACUAUCGACAGGGAAAACAACACUGCUAGCUCUCAGGAAAACACUACCCAUAGCCUCUUGUCCGCAGCGGCUGCCCCGGCUUGCUCUCCUGCCAUGCAGCCCUCUGGCGAAGUCAGUCUGCACCACAACAAUGCCAACGGAGGUACAUCUGCCCCUGGCACCACCAUGCCCAGCCGGGUUGCACCUCCCCAGCAGGGCAGUAGCCUGUCACCACUGGGCAGCCCUCUCACAGCCACCCCUACCUCAUUCACAUCUCCCCGGCCUCCCCGAGCCAGCCCAGGCCUGGCAAACAGCCCACGUGUCUCAGGCCACCCUUUCUCACCCCCCACACCUGGCAUUCACUCUCCUGCUGGCACACUGGCACGGCAGCAAUCAGGUGGUGAUGGUAUCCCUUUCUCUCUCCCUUCCCCACUGGCCAGGCAGACUCCCACGCCCAGCAGCUCGCCUGCACGUCCACCUCCGGCUAAACCGCCUGAGCCGUGCCACAACGAUGAACCUAGAAGUGCUAACCCCAAACUCAGCCAGCUUUUGGAUGGCACCUCAGACCACGAGGCCUCACCUGCCUCCCAGAGUCGUUCAGCACCACCUGGCCAAUGCCCAGCAUCCCACAGCACACUCACAGAGCGCCACAAGAUCCUGCAUCGCUUGCUCCAGGACAGCAGCCCUGCUGACGGCACCAAUGAGCCCGAGAUCAAGAGGGAGCCGCCUGCAAGCAGCCCGAGACCCGGCCUGGUGAUGCCAUCUGCCAUAGGAAACUCCAAGCAGCAGCAGGACCACCAGCUGCUGCGCUUCCUGCUUGAUACAGAUGAGAAGGACCUUGUGGACCUGCCCCCACCUGCAGUGCUAAGCCUAGAAACAGUGCGAGUCAAGGCUGAGAAGAAACAAGGAGACAAGAGUGGGCAGUGCAGCGCUGUUAGUCCUCCUUCUCCAGCAGUUACAUGUUCAUCCAAAUCCAGUGAUAAGCCCAGUCCGCAGUUCCCCAGUGCUGAUCUGCAUACACUGAACCAGGUACUGCCCACCCUCAGGCCUGUGGGAGAAAAGUCAGUGGAGGAGCCGGGGCUGCCGCAGCAGGGUGGUGAAAGUGUUCCCAUCGGAGUGAGCGUGAAACAUGAACCGCCUGGAGUACCCGGCCAUGUGUUUUCCGAUGGCUCUAGUCUCCAGAGUCCGUCUCCCUUUGACUUCUGCAGUCCCUCCACACCCACCCAGGGUCAGGGUCCAGGUCAGGUACUGGGGCAGGCUGACCCCUUUCAGCUACCCAAGGAGAGCAGCAGCCCCUUCAGUGACCCCACCAGCAUCACCAUAUUCAACACCAACACAGGCCUGGCUAAGCUGGAUGUCCCCGAGUCACAGCAGUUCCAGUCCAUGUCCCUGGCUGAAUCCAUGGCAUUUGAUGGCACUCUGGGGAGCCAUGCACAUGCCCCUCUCUCCUCACCUCAAGAGCAAUGUGUUCCGUGUCCCUUGGAUGAGAUGCUCGUCCCACCCACCACUCCGGAAGCUCGCAACGAUGAGAAGGCCCUGCUUGAGCAGCUCUUGUCUUUCCUGAGUGGCACAGAUGAAAGUGAGCUUGCUGAGCUGGACCGGGCGCUGGGCAUUGACAAGAUUGUCCAGAGUGGAUGUCUUGAUCAAAUCACCCAGCGUUUUACCCAGGCUCAGCCAUCCACCCCCGUGCCUAGCUACCCGUCCCAGUUCCCCACCUCUCCUUCUCAGUUCCCGGCUGAGAUGAGCACGACGCAAGGUAUGAGCUUUGGGCCUUCACGCGUACCCUUCCCGAGCAACGUGAAUAUGAACCCGAUGCGGCCUGGAAUAACCCGAGCCCCAGGGAUGCCCACUCAGAUGCGCCUGCCACCAAACCAGUUAAGGCUGCAGCUUCAGCAGCGUGUACAGGGCCCACAGCAGCUACAGAACAGGAUGGCAGCCAUGAGCCAGUUUCCCCAGGGGGUACCUGUUGCAAUGGGGGUAAGGCAAGGCAUGCAGCAGCCCCAGAUACCGUCACAGCCCCCACUGAAUGCUCAGAUGCUUGCCCAGAGGCAGAGGGAGCUCUACAGCUUCCAGCACCGCCAGAGGCAACUGCUGCAGCAGAAAGUCAUGAUGAUGAGGCAGGGAAUGAACCCGGGGUCCAUGGGAGCCCAGCGCGUCCCCAAAGGCCCUCAGCAGCCACAGCAGCAGUUUGGCUACAAUCCAGGCUACAACCCUGUCCCUGGAAGCAACCCUACCUCUCCCAGCCACUUCAACCCCAUGGGGACACCGCUGGACCCCAAGCUGUCUGUCAGGCUGCCCAUAGAAAACCAAGGCAUGAUAGGAGGCAUGCAGGGGCAGUUUGGCGGACCAGUCAACUCUCCUGUUCAGCAGGGACUCUUCCAGCAGUUUGGGGGUGCAGGUAUGGUCCCGCAAGGAGAUCCAUCAUUCCCUCCUGAACUCGGUCCCACCAGCCCCUUGCUGUCACCACAGAACCCCAACUCCCAGAGUCCUCUGCUUCAGCAGACCCAGCCCCCACCUGGUUAUCAGUCACCUGACAUGAAGAACUGGCAAGGUGGCGUGACUAACAGUCUGUUUAACCAAACUGGCCAGACUAGCUCGCAGAAUUUUGGCCAGCAGGGUGUGUACAACAACAUGAGCAUCACUGUCUCCAUGGCCGGGGGCUCAGGAGCUGCGGGUUCACUACCUCCGAUUGGACCACCAGUUGGCAUUGGCAACAGCAACCUUGGCAACGUCAGCUCUUUGUGUAAUGAUCAGGUACAGCAAGUUCAAGUGUUUGCCGAUGUCCAGUGCACGGUAAACCUAGUGGGGAGUGACUCCUACCUGAACCAGCCAGGACAAGUAGGGCACCAGAAGCCCCAGGGCAGCACCAGCACUUCCCAGUCGCAGCAGAAGAGCCUCUUACAGCAGCUCCUGACUGAGUGACCCUAACACACACACACCCACACAACCACACACCUGUGUUGACGUCCCCAACAACGCCUGAGUUUCUAUUCGUCACCUUCCGGUUUCUGUCUGGGGAAUAUCUGCUGGGCUCAGGAUCUGUGGGCCCAGGCUAAUGGCAUUUUGCAGCCUGUUGGACCGCUGAAGCAGUGCUCAUUCCUGGUCACCUACUUUUCAGUCUGCUUCCUCAAUAGGGGUCAAAACAAGUGAAUACAAAGAUUCCAGAAAUUUGCCAAGUUUCUGUAAAAGGACCUGCUGCUUUCUCGCCAGCUGACAUCAAUAACUGGGCCAUCGUCACAGUGCUUCAUGGAAACUGGGGUAGGAAUAUGCCAUGGUUUUGCUGCAGCGAUCCACGUGAGCCUCGGUGAACAGGACAACACAUGGGAAUGUUAAGGUUCUUGCCGCACUGGACAGCUCAGUUUCAGCUGGACCUGUGACUGAGAAGCUCUCCUCAGAUGAUGGGGAGAGUUUCCCAACAUUUUGUUUUCUCUCUCUCUCGCACUCUCUCUCUCGCUCUCUCUCUCUGUUUCCUGAUCAGUUUUAUUAAUUUCUUUCAUCACCUGCUUUGUCAGAACAAGCAUUGCCAGGUUGGGAGAAGAGAAACAUCUCACAUCUGCUACAAGCUUUCCUGGGAGAACUCGUUUUAAAACGGCAGACAUUUUUCAAAUAAAUAAACGUCCUACACGUCCCCACCGCUCAGCAGCUGUGAAUACGAGCCACUUAGGGUCGCAUCAGCCUAUCAGUGUUGUUUGCCAUGUGUAUUGUGCAGGUUGGUAUUAUUGUACAGCACAAAAGCGGACAAAGGUCAGGACAAGCUCACACGUUCUAAUUUUGUUCUGAAAAAAAAAAAAAAAAACAUUGUCGAAUCACUCUACAACCAACAUUCGAAUACGUCGACAUGGGUUUCAAAACUGGCUCUCUUUUUUUAUUAUAGCUUUGAAUUUUUUUUUUAAUUAUUUUAUUUUAAGAAGAAUAAUGUUUCAAAUCAAGAAAUUGUAUGUACUAAAGUAACACAGCUGAAUAUUACCUGGGGAGGAUUAGGUGUCUAGCUCUGGAGUUGUUCAUGAAGGAAAGGGAAAGGCGAGGUCUUUCUUAAAUUAAAUAUAUAUAAAUAUAUAAAUAAUUAUUUUCUGAUUGAUAUUGGUAUGCUUUUUGUUUUCUGGCACCCGUGUGUGUGUGUGUGUGUGUGUGUGUGUGUGUGUGUGUGUGUGUGUGUGUUUUAUAGUAUGUUAAAAUCCCCAAAUUCUAUUGUAUAGAUGUAUGCAUGAUGAUAACGUAAUGAAGCUUAAAUGAUCUAAACUGAUUUGGAUAACUCCUCAUUCAGUGGAGUUGUUCACUAUUUGCUUUGUGUUCAUAGACAGUUUAGAAAUCCCAAGUUGUUUAUUUCUGGCUCUGUAAAACACAAGGAUGAGGCGUUGUGUCUUUGUCUCUGUCUCUCUCAUGCAUACACACACACACACACACACACACACACACACACACACACACACACACACACACACACACACACACACACACACACACACACCCCUCCAGCAUCCUCCUUUGACUGCUCAUGUGACUACUGUUUGCCCAGUCAAACACUGUUCUUCAUCAGCAUUGUCCUCAUCUCGUUCCUCAUUCGCUUCCUCCUCUUGUCCUCCCUGAUGUUUUUUAGACUCCUUAUUAAUUUCACUGACAGCAUUCUGUGAUCGCAAGCAUGCAAUAGUGAUCAAUUCAAUUAUCAGAUGAAUCAGGCAGCGAUAAAAAGGGUUUAUCUCACACACACACACACACACACACAUAUAUAUAUAUAUAUAUAUAUAUAUAUAUAUAUAUAUAUAUAUCACACACACAUCAGAUAUGGUCCAAAUUUGUCUUGCCAUAUACAUACAUAAAAAGGUAUUUCUCUCUCUCACACACAAAAAAAGUGCAUGACCAUCUCUACCACCGCAACUUCCUGACUCCUCAUCCUACACAAAAUAAUGUUCUAUGAUUUGUGUUUUUGUGUGUGCUGUGUAUUUCAAAGAAAGGCUCUUAUUAUUAUUAUUAUUAUUAUUAUUAUUAUUAUUAUUAUUAUUAUCUCAAUCCCACACCAAGAUGGACCGCAGAAACAGCGAGGCCUUUCCUGAGCCACUUUUUUGAUAUAAAUGUACAUACACAUUACAAACGGAUUAAACAGGUUUACUGUACAUUUGAACAUUAGUGCUUUAGAUUUAAAGUCCCAAGAGGAUAAAAAAAAAAUUGGUUGAACGUACAGAAUGAACGUGAAAAGGUGAUUAGGAUCAACCUGUACUCUGAUAGUAGUUCCUGAUUCAGACAGCUAUUCCUUUCCUGUAUAAUGAAGUCUUUAGAUCACUUACGUGCCAGUUAACCAGGUACUUUUAUAUUUAUUUAUUAUUUGUUUUACCCUUUUAACAAAUCCCUGUUCACACCGUUUCACCUGAGAUGCCAAAUCUACCACAUUAGAAAGCAGUGCCUAUUAACCACGGCUUACUCUUCUGUAAUAAAUGACUCUUGGUCAGUUCCACUCCAAGGUACAAUGGUUUAUCGUGUAAAUAGACAAACAGACAAAUGUGAAUAUGUAUCUGUUCUAUCUUGAGUCGACAAUAUUGUAGUGCUCCAAGUUUGUGGUAAUAACUACUUUCUUCCAUUUAUUUUCUUGUUUUAUUUGGGGAUGUGUAUGACUGUCUGAAAGUGUGGUUAAUACUGUAUAUCAGAUGUUUUAAAAUGCAAUGGAAACGUCCUGAUCCCCCCCCCCCCCCCCCCAUUUUCUGAGUUGUUUUAUUUUUUAUUUUUUUAACACAUAUACCUGCAUCUUUCCUUUGGGUGUUCAGAUCUUUUAUGUGAGAAUGGUUUUUUAGCGACUGCUGAAUGUGACUUUACUGAGAGAGAAGCAGCAUGGUCUGGCUUUUGUACGGGUUAAUUUAAAAAGAAAAAAAAGCAAAAAAAAGUUUUUUAAAAAAAAGGCCAUAUUAUUUAAUUUUUCUUUCCAUCAAAAACGUUUAAACAGCUCUGAGGAAGUGGAACCUUGGUUUGAGAUGAACGGUGCUCAGAUUUCUUUUGCCAUGAGUUUCUUGUUAAUGAUUUUUUUUUUCCCCAAGGAAUAAUGACCAAAGCUUUGAGUAUCAAGAAAAUAAUCUUAUAUGCAAAGGAUCAUGCAAUUGGAUAGAAUUCAUGUAGCAUUGUUUCUCUUCACUAGAUGUCACAUCACAUACUUUAGCAGGGUUUAUUAGUAACACUACCAUUCUGUUUUCUGUUUUGUUUUUCUUAGUAGAGUUAUAUCCAUAUAGAAGUUUUCCAACCCUGUCGUACUCGCACGUCACAGAAACACUUUUUUCAUUUCGAGGACGAUGCUUAAACACUGUUUUCAGGAAUAGAAACUAUGUACUACAGCUAGCUAUGCACCUUAAAUGAGACCCAAUUCUCAUUUCUGAUCAUGUUUCAAAUUAUGGGUUUUUUUUGUUUUUGUUUUUUUUGUUUGUUUGUUUGUUUUUGUUUUCAGCUCACGGAAAUACCUGAUCGGAUUUAUGGUUUAAAAUGUAAAAAAAAAAAAAAAAAACCCAAAAAAAUUAUAAUCCACACUGAUGCAAGUAUUCUUAAAUCUCAGACUUUAUUUAACUAAAUUCUUUAUACCAAAACAGAGGUGCCUGUUGUAUAUAUUUUCUGCAUCGAGGGACUGCUCCUCUUGUUUGUGGAUUUUUUCUUGUUGUUGAUGAAGAUUUUCUUAUAUCGACCUUUGUAAUAACAAUUAUAAGAAGACGAUGACGUGUUUGCUGUACUUUACAUGUUUUUUUUUUUACUCUGGGGGAAAAAACAAAAACAAAACGUUCCAGGAAUUUGCAAGGAAUACAAUCUAGUUUUUGCACUUUAUAAUCCAACUUAAAGGAAAAGAGGCCAUCGUUAAGAAACAAACAAAGAAAAAAAAAAACCCCCAAGUCACAGAGCUUUGACGUUAGUAACUACGAAUGUCCCCUGAAUGUACUGGAGUUCAGCGUCCUUUUGCUUUUUUGAUGUCAAACUUGGAACUUUCUCAGGUUCUUCAGAGAGAACUUGGCAGUAGCGCUUCAUCCUUACCCCAUCUUCAUCAUGAGCGAGCGAGCAGGGUCACUUGCUACGUUUACACCUCGCAAUUGCUGCACGUUUAUUCAAACUAUGCCAGUGUUCUUCAGGUGCUCCGCUUCUCCCUUUCCCCUCUCACAUGCUUACAUUUAUACCUUUCACUUCUGAAGACAUUCCUCAGACAUCUAUGCUUUUAACAUCUCACCAUACUGAGAUGUGAUCCAGACCCGUACCGUGCCAAGCUGUUAUAACCCGUCGUCGCGGUCAUCGUGUAAAACCUCUUUCAUCCAGUGCGCAUCUCCUCCGCCUUGUUUCUCUGCUCUACUGUAUCACUUUGUCGGCGCUGCUGUUUGCGAGAUCUUUUUGCUGCCUUAUUAACGUGGAAGUUGGUUGCAGUGGCGCAUAAACUCUGCUGAAACUCGGCACCCGAGAGCUCGAGGCAAGGUUCCACUUUUCAGCUGUAUAAAUUAAUAUAAAUAAGUAUAAAUCUAUAUAACUAUAUACAUUUUAUUCAUUUUGUCCAGUUUGUAUAAUACUUGUGAAAUCUUUUUCCCCUCAAGAGGCAUCACUGCAGCUGUGUUGGGACAUUACGAAUGAGCAUGUGUCCGGGAGAAUUCUGCAUGUUAGCAUGAUUUUAUUUUUUUUUUCCCUGGUUUUUUGUUUUAGUUUUUUCUUUCCUUCUGGAAAAAAAUAUAUAUACCUUUCUUAGAACGUUGUAGACAAUCAGUCACAUGCUGGGUCCAGCAGCUGCAGGUUUGUUCUGUGGGCUGCAAAACUGUCGUCAUUGUUGUUUUUGUUGUUUAUUUCCUCAUCUACUUCAGUCUUAUUUCUCUUGUCCAUUUCAUGGAAAAUAUGUGGCUGCUCAAACUGAAAUAGUUCAAGUUUACACAUGUAUGCAUGCAUACACACAUACAUAAACACACACACACACCUCUUGUGCAUAUGGUCCCUUCUGUUGCUUGUCUAAGGUGAUGAUGCAGACCUUGAAGGAAGUGAUGCUUUGACUAACAAAUCUCUGUAACAUCCAUGAAUGUGAGAAUGCAACACAUUGCAAUAAAAGCACCAUGUAAAAGUG